UUACAGAUGAACUUAUUAGUAUCCUUAUGUUUGCUGCUUGCCUGCGUUGUUGGUGUCUAUGGAAUACAAUGCUAUGUUUGUAAUUCUAUUACACAUCCAGACUGUGAAAACGACUAUGAGAAGUAUCUCAGGAAUUGUCCGGUGAAGUCAUUUGGUGGACGAAAAGCAGUACCAGCUAUUGGAUGUCGAAAAUACAGGCAAACAGCAAGUGAAGAGACGUCAUUGGUUCGAGAAUGCGCUUACUUGGGUGAAAAUGUCGAGGGAAAGAGCAGCAAGGGAUCCACUGGAGUUUCUCGGGUGAUGACCCAGUGUUCCGACAAGCCAGGCUGCAACACGGCGGCGACAUCUGGUCUAAUUACUUUGCUGAUGAUGCCUCUUCUUCUCUUGCGAAUCUGAGCGUUGUGUUGAAUUGUAGAUAGAAACUAUGUUUUUUUCAAACAGAGAUUAUCGUUUUCCUUGUGUAGGGCUACCGACGCAAAUAAGGAAAUUGCUUUGCUUUCGCCUAUCACGCGACGCCAAUCUGAACCAUUUGGGAAGUUGGCGAACUGCACAGUUGCUGUUAUAAGCUCAAGGUGCACAUCGUUUGCGACGGUAGCCCAUCUAUGCUCUCUUGUCGGUUUUUAGUAUGCACGAAGCCAACCUUGGUAGCUUCAAUGCAUGUCUAAGUAAUACCGAGUUCUCAUGUUAGAAUUGGGCGUUUCACAUUAUAAAAGAAAAGCGGACGACUCUACUUCACUGCAUAGCUGAAAGCCGACAUUAUUGAUAUACUCACAACAUUGAUGUCAUGUCAUUUUUUCUCAGAACAAUUUCUGCAUCACUUCGUUGCUUAUUCAUUUACAGAAAGUGUAAAGCAUGCUCAUAGGUUCUUUGAACUCGUCUUCUUUUAUCGCAUGUAUCAUUUAUUCCCAUUAAAAGAAAUUUCUUGUUUCAGCUUGGGAAGUCAUGAACCUCUCGAAAUACGUUGACUCUAAAUUGUAUGUUUUUUUCCGCUUUGAUCCCGUUGUUCACUCAUUUCGAGUCAUAGGCCAGAGAACGUCAUAACUCUCCGAAAACGUUUGCUUCUGAGUACGAGC